AUGACUGAGCUUUUCACCUCCUCCAACAUACCUGGUGCCAUUGUCACCUAUGUUGGUAGAACCUUCAAUGAACCUGUGGAUUUCAACCUGCAUCAUUUCAAAGAGUUUUAUGCCUCUCGUCGCUUAUCUGACCCCAUUUCCCUCGAUCUAUUUGAAUUCAAAUCUAAAGGGAUUGAUAUUACUCCUUUUAUCCGCAAUCUGGGCUGGGAAUUCCUCCUUCAUUACCCUCCCCUCGCUGCUUGUCCUCUUCCUGUUCGAACAUUUUAUGCCAAUCUGGAGUGCCAGGGCAUCACCACCAAGAAGCUCACCACUCUUGUCAAUGUCUACUUCAUUUCCCUCACAUCUAAAGCCAUUGGAACCCUUGUGAACCUGCCAACUGGAGGACCACUUCCUCUUGCUCAUGAAGAUGAGUUUCUCUUUUAUGAGUUUGAUCAUGUGAUUGAGUAUUCUAGAAUCACUCAGCGUACUGUAGGACUCAUGAGGUCAUCACAUCUGCUGACCUAA